CUGAUAUCUAGUGUAUGAACGUAUGAAUAGUUGAAAUUAUAUUUCCUUAUAUUCACUACAUACUGCAGUAUAUGAAUACGAUACAAAUGUUUUUUAGAAUUAGUUUAGGUGUGUUUUGUACAGCGGUUAUCGUGGGACUAUUACUUGGUCAAAAUGCAGACAAUGAUGAUGAAGCCGCGUACAUUGUCACUCUUCCCCUUGGCAAGAUCCAAGGACAUGCAUUGAAAAGCCACAAGGAAGCGUUGUACUAUGCUUUCCAAGAAAUUCCUUAUGCAUCUCCUCCAGUGGGAACUUUGAGAUUCAAAGACCCUGUACCACCAAGGCCCUGGACUGGGAUUUUGAACACCACAAAAAAUAAAAAAAUUUGUAUGCAACUAUAUAAAGAUGAUCCCAGAGAAACUGAAGACUGUUUAUAUCUCAACGUGUAUACGCCCACGAAUCCAGACGAAUGUAAUUCUUCACAACUACUUUCUGUCUACGUUUUUGUACACGGAGGUUUCUUCUGUAAGGGAGAUGGUUCAUUUCAAAGUUUUGGACCACAAUUCUUCAUGGACUAUGGAAUUGUACUGGUGACAUUGAAUUACCGACUAGGGGCAUUUGGUUUUCUCAGUACUGCAGAUGAGGUUAUAUCAGGUAACUUUGGACUGAAAGACCAAAAUUUAGCUUUGAAAUGGGUGAAAGAUAAUAUACAUCUCUUUGGUGGAGAUUCAUCGAAGAUUACAUUAGGAGGACAGAGUGCGGCGGGAGGAGCAGUUGGUCAUCACCUUCUGAGUAAACAGUCGAAAGGACUCUUCAGAGGACUGAUUAUGCAAAGUGGUUCGCCUCUUUGUGGAAAGAUGUUCCAGAAAAGUCCACGAUAUUUUGCUUACAAACUGGGAUCUCUGCUGAACAGUGACUUUGGCUCCAAUAAUUCAUCCAGAGAACUCUUGGAAUUGCUUCAAAAUGUUUCUGCAAAAGAUAUCAAAGGAAACAGUGACAUGGAGAUCCCAUUCGAAAUGAGAAACUCUGUUGGAAAUGAGGACAAUAGAAUAUGGGCACCUGUAGAAGAUGGCCAAUUCGUUCAAGGAUCCAUGCAUGAAAAUCUGAAGCUGGGACGCUUCAACCUGGUUCCUAUUCUGAUGGGAAUAACUUCUGAAGAGCAACUUCGCUUCAAUUUGAAUAAACUCAAGUCCAAGGCAAAAUAUUUUGACAGCAACACCUCCUUCUUGAUCAAUGGAAAUCUCAAUAUGAAGGCAGAAAACAAGCAGCCAGCCGGAGAAAUGUUGAAGAAAUUGUAUACAAAUAGUUCAUUUGGAGAAGAAUUUGGAUCUUUUGUCAGGUACAUUAGUGAUGCCAAAUAUACCACUCCUGUUGCACGACAUGCGGAUCUGCAGUCCAAAUAUACAGACGUAUUUUUUUAUCAGUUCUCAUAUCAUGGCAAGCUGAACUUCAAUACCGCUUCAGUUCCUGGCGCUGAACGAGUAGGACAUGCAGAGGAUAAUUAUUACCUAUUCAAAGUAGGAUUUCACUCCAAGAUCGACAAAGUUCCCGAGUCAGACUUACUAACACAAUCAAGAAUGUUGAGAUUAUGGACAAACUUCAUGAAAUAUCUAAAUCCAACUCCAUUUGAAGAUCCCCUCCUGGCUCACGUUGUAUGGCCCAAAGUGAAACCAGACGAGUUUUUAUAUUUGGAUAUAGGCAAUUCGUUAUCAAUCAAAACCAAUCCAAAGGAAUAUCACAACUGGAAAAAAAUUUUCAACGAAUUUGCUGAAGAUAUUCAAACAACAUAUUGAUAACAGAAAUGAAACGAGUAACACCCAGUCAAAACACCCGGUCUCUGUAAUAAUGUCACCAGGAAAUCAGACAACAUGCCUCAGUAGAAUAUGAAGUCAGUGAAGGGAAAGAGGAAAAAAUAUUUUCAAAAUUAUUUCUUGUGAGCCUUUAUCAUAUGUUGACUCAUAUAUACAAGUCGCUGUUUAUUGCAAUGAAUUCUUUUCUUUCGUAGCCAGUCGUCAUAUUAUCGAAUAUCUUUAUAGAAUGAUAACAAACCUUCUUUCAUUACUCAUAUAAAAUUUAAUAAAGAAAGUUUCAAAUCUU